AUGGAAAGGAACACUGAAGGACAGGUUGUUUCACUUGCAGGAUCAAAGGAAGGCCAUAAUAAAAAGUCCCACUUUGCUUCUGUACACAAACCACCUGCAGAAAAUGGCAGACCAAGAAGUGAGGUUGUUAAGAAAGCCAAUAUCGUGAUACCUCCUCACGUCGUAGCUGAAGCUCUAUCAUUGCGCGGUCUUAACAUCAGAUGGACAGGCCCGAUCACGCCAGCAGAAAUGCAAUACGUUGAACAGUAUGUCUUAGCAAUGUACCCGCAAUAUGCCUGGCUAGUUGAAGGAGAAAAGAUAGAUCUCUCUAGCCUUUGCAUCGAUGAGGAGCCCUCAGAACCCGUGUUUGAUAGGGGGAAGAUCCCAAGAGGACCUUCCACACCCUAUUUUGGAAGAUUUUAUCCUGACUUGGAUAGGACCCAGUUGGAGCAAUCACGAUUGCUUGAAAUUCUCACCAAGAAAUCCACCUUUCCUGGAAGUUUUAUCUCAAUCCCCGAAAUCCAAGCUCGAAACAAGGUUUUGAAUAACUGUGGAUUAUCUGAUGAUGACUACCUUGUUCUCUUCACUCCAAGCUACCAGGAUGCCAUGAAGUUAGUUGGGGAGAGCUACCCCUUCUUCAAGGGAAGCUUCUACCUGACCAUUAUCAUGGAAGAAGAAGAAGACUGCAUAAGGGAGUUUGCUACUUUCAAGAAAUCCAAAGUCAUAUUAGCCCCAGAGGAUUGGCUGGAUUUGAGGAUCAAGGGAUCACAGCUUAGCCAGUAUUUUAGGAUGAAGUGUAGGCAAAGCCCAAAAGGGUUAUUCUCUUAUCCAGUCAACGUAAAAGGGACUCGUAAUUCAAUGCAUUGGGUUUCAGAAGCCCAUCGGAACUCCUGGCAUGUUCUGCUUGAUGCAACUACACUGGUUGUAGGGAAGGAUAAGUUGAAUCUCGCACAACACCAGCCAGACUUUGUGUUGUGUAAUCUUGAUAAUAAACAUGCUAAACCUUCAAAGAUCACUUGCCUCUUGGUCAGAAAGAAAUCCUUUGACACUACGACUGGUUCAUCGCAGGCCAAUGAGUAA